AUGGUUAAUGACGUUUUUGGUGUUGAUGCAAUCACUGGCGACACCGACAAUGGUAGUGCUUGCAGCGAUGUUGGUGUUACAAGUGGUGAUGACUGUGAUGGUAACGGUUAUACAAGUAGUGGUGAAGAUGGUUGUAGUGUUAAUGAUAAUGGUGGUGGUGGCUGUGGUGGUGACGAUAAUGUUUGUGCUGGUGGUGGUAACGUUAAUGAUUGUGGUAUUUGCGGUGGUGGGAAUGGUUGUGGUGGUAACGAUAAUGUUGGUGGUAGUGAUGGGAAUGGAGUUGGUUGUAGUGGGAGUGAUAAUGGUGGUCGUAAGGGUGGUGGUGAAUCUGGUUGUGGUGGUGAAGUUUGCGGUCGUGGUGAUGGCGGUGGUGAAGAUGGUGGCGGCGGUAACAAUGGUUGUAAUAACAUUGAAUGUAAAAAUGAUGGUGGUGGUAAUGACGAUGGCAAUUUUGACGGUAGUGAUGGUCUUAAUAUUGACAAUAAUAAACAAGGAAAUAAUUUAAUUAAAAAUGAACAACAUGUGCUGUUAAGAUUUGUUUCAUCAUUCAUAGAUCUAUUUCAUCAAAACACGAGAUGUUUUUCUACAUUUGAGGUUUUGGCUGUUAGGUUUAUUAUGAAUGGUAAAGACUGGGUGUGUGUUGUUUUAUAUAGACCGGGUUUAGAGCAGAUGAAGGCUUUGUUUUUCAAUGAGUUGGUUUCAUUGCUUGAACAUAUUUCAGUACUGACCUCACAUUUCUUGCUGACUGGUGAUUUUUAUGUACCUGUUGAAAGGAAUAAUAACGUUCACACUAUCAGUAUGCUGAAAAAUGUCGAUAUAUUUAAAAUGAUUAAUAAUAUUAAUGAGCCAACACAUAAUCUUGGGGGCACUCUUGACCUGAUUAUAAGCUCAAUAGAAUUUCCUAUUGGUACAUGUAAAGUUUUUCUAAGUGGUGUGGUUUCUGACCAUAGUUUGAUACAUGUGACUAUAAUAAUGACAAAGAUUGCUUCCGUUAAAGCUACCAAAUUAGUGAGAUAUUGGAAACAUUGUAGGUUUGUUAAAAUGAUUGCCGACUCUGCUUUGUUGAGAAAGAGUUUGAAAUAUUUAACAGUCAACUUAGUUUUAUAG